UUGCCUACUGUACAUGCACCUUACCGUGGCACCGCUAGACGCCUCUCACACUGCCCGUUGCAAUUCAUCUGCAGUCCCCGAGACUUCUCCACGUCAUCCAGCCGACCACCCUUCCGCCCGUGACAGCACUCGAGUGGUCAUCCGGCGCCAUCACGCGUUUUCGUGGCAGUUGCACAAAACACCCAUCCACAAUCCCGUCGACUCUUCCGUCCACCACACCCCCCCGUUCAGGCGCGCGGUGAAUGUGACCUGCAGGGCAAACACUCACUCUCCCACCGCGCAACGCCUUCCGUGCUCGGAUGUGGCCCUUCCACCCUCUGGCUGCUCUCUUACCACCCAUCCCCUCGUUCCUUGAGUUCCGGCUUGAGUGAUGUCGUGAUACCGCUUUCGGUCUCCCUCAUGAUAUCACCAUCGGUCCUGUUGCCUUCUGCUUGACCUCCGUCUGGAGGUGUGGUACGCAGAUAUGGUCAAACCUGACGUCAAACACAAUUACUAUGCCGACCUCGAGCUUCCCGUCAAUGCCACUUGCGAUGACAUUCGCAAAGCCUACCGAAAACUCGCCCUCCAAUACCACCCCGAUCGGAACAGCGGAAGAGAAAGUGAAGUGGUGGCCAAGUUUCAGGCGAUUCAAGCUGCCAGUGAGGUCUUGCUAGACCCGGGCACCAAGGAAAGAUAUGACAGUGACCGGCGUAAAGCUGCUCUAUACGCCUCCUUCGCCGGUGCCGGGCCUCCGCGUGCCCCAACCCCCAACAGUCCAUACGCUGCGACUUCUGCCUACCCUCCGCCUCCACGCCGCACACAGCCGGGAUCAUAUCAGCGACCCCCUUCCUUUUAUCCCCCACCCCCGGGUCCCACUGCAAAUGGAGCAGACCGCUUUUCCAACUUUCCUCGGCCAGGCCCAAAGAAGGACCCGGCACAGGAUCGCACGAAUGUCUUUCGAGCUUGGCAGAACAUGAACAAUGCUGAGCGCCCCCAGCGACCCGCCUCCUACGCCCAGCCUCCACCUCAGUCUGCUCCUCGUCCGCCAACAAGCAAAGUAAGGCCGACUGCUCCGCCAAGGCCCGAUCCUAGGAUGCCGACUGAAGAGCCGAAACCCGGCCCGAAGUACAAUGUCCCUCCACCCUUCCACCCAGACGCUGCUGAUCAGCGGUCGUCGGCAUGGGCUGCUUUUCAUGCCACCAACUCGGGAAAGCCAGGCAUGACCAGGAAUCAAACGUACAGAACGCCGCCUAGGCAUGGCUUCAAUCCAAGCACCGCUACUUCGGAUGAGAAGCCCGCAGACGGCAGUCGUUACACGCGCACGUAUAGCUCCGACAACCUGACUGGAAUGCAUUUCAACGUCCAUGGCCCUCCACCUACGAGUGAGCCUGGCAACGCAGCGCCAACUGCUUCGCCGAAGACGCCCAAUGCGCAACGACAGUACAGCGGUGACCAAGUGCCGUUCAUGGAGCACAAUCGAGUCAGCACUCCGUAUGCUGAAAUCUACACCGGCGUGAAAUCCGACCUCCGUAACGAAGGGCUUCGGCGAUCUCACAGUACACGGGCCACGACGAACUUGUCUCCCCCAGAACCUGCUGAAACGAGCAAGGCGAGGGCUCGAAGUUCCUCUCCACCCCACGCGACCCCUGAGAAAUCAGGACACAGAAAAGCAUUUGACUUGAACAGCUCUAGUGAUGCAAGUGAUGCCAGCGAUGCUGAUUUGACGGGAACCCCGGAAGAGCUGGACAAUACCGCUUCUGGAGCACAGCAGCAGCGACCCAGUUCCACGCCCAAUGCCGCGUCAUCUUCCGAUCGGCCCAAAAUCGUGCCCACUGGGCCCAGCAAACGUUACGCAAACGGAACCUCCGCCAGCGCGCAGUCGGACACCGAGCAGCAGAAAGCCAAACCCAACAUUUUCGAUUAUGCGCACAACCCCGAGCUGUACGCGUUCAACGACGGAAAGAGCCGAAGCGAAGAGAACAUCAAUACAUCGUUCUCGUCGGAUGGUUGGAGAGGCGCGUUCACGGGCGAUCCGGGCUACUUUGCUCCGCCCAAUGGCAAUGGGAGGAAGCAGCCGUCACCUGCGAGACGGCCGAGCCCGUACCAUAAAACGAGUUCCCAACAGCGCAGCGCAACAUUGGAUGUCCCUACGCCAGGAGGAACGAGCACAGCGAACGAAGAGGUCCCGCAACGGGCGUGGGGCUCGGAUGGAACCCCAAGUGAGUAUCCGCGCAUGGCGGCAAGCGGGGAAGGAGGCUUUGAUCCGGAUGAGUGGCAAAGGAAGUUUCAAGAUCCUGCAUGGACUCAAGCCCCGCCGCCACAGCGUGCAACAAGUCCCGGAAAGGGUGGCGCGAGUGCGAGGAAGCAGAGUCAGAGCAAGAAAGCGGGCAAGAGUGGUGGUUGGAGGGGAAACGGUACGAGUACGGAGCCGCACAUAGUGGACGAUGACGAUGGCGAUGCCGCAGCAGGAACAGGCCAAGCUGCACAAACGGAACACGAGGCACCACUGCACGACGUGGAUGCCAUGGACAUUGACAAUCCGCCCCCACCUGCCGAGCAAAGCGAGACACAGCCGGACAGCGAGUCCAGCGGAGCCAGGGCAUAUUCCGUGCCACCUUCGCAGUGGCGGAGACAGCAGGAGCAAAAGCAACGAUCUCACCGCAAGUCAUCUGUCGCGUCAAAGAAGUCACAGCGUGCCGACUCGUCGAAAUUCACUGCGGGACUCGACGAUCUGCGGAACGUGGAACCCCUCGGCCAGGCAAGCACUGCCGAGGAAUCGAUCAAGCUUGCCGACCUUGGUGCGUCUCUGCCCUUCUCAUCACAGGCUUCUUCAACUGUGUUUGGCGAGCCCAUCGUCCCCCGCAAUCUCGCCGUUCCGCCUUUGCCCAAAGCACCCUCCGAGCCGCAACGAUUGAGCAGAGCAACUUGGCAUAGCUAUGCCGCAGCGUACGGCGAGUACGUCAAGGAAUUUCAUGCCUACAAUACCGCGCUUCUGCAACACUUCCAGGAACGCGAAAAACAGGUGCAAGCGCAGAUGGUGACCGGGAUGAGUUGGCUGGAAGCCACGGGCGACACCAGCGGGAUGCUGAGAGCCCUAACCGGCUUUGGCUCCUACAUGCGCGGGGUCAAGGAGGAUACGAAGGUGCGGGAGGCAUGGAUGUUGGCUUGGGAGAAGCACGAGACUGCCGUACUGGGGUUUGAGAAGAUGCGUGACCGAAUCAGGAAGCUGGUCAUUGGCGGCAUGUUGGUGGAUAACUGACGAACCAGGGAGAAGAGCGCGGCAGAAUUCGAGUUCAGGAGGCACGAACCACAGCAGCAUUGAAACGGCCGGGUUUGAUGAGCGUUUGAGCGAUGCUCUCCUUAUGCAUGCUCUUUAGAUACCCACACCUCACUUGCUAUUGUACGAUGUAACAGAC